CACUUUAACGGAGGAAGCCGGACGGAAGAGAGCCAGCAGGAGAGACCUGCACAAAGUGACAGGCGAUAGCCACACAACAACGUACCGGACACGAAAGGAUAUUGGGAGAGGAGGAGUGCCGGGCCAGUUGACAGGAGCUCAGCCAAUAAAAGCCAACUUAGCUCAGUCUGGGCCGAAUUCGGACAUGUAGCAACUCCAGAAGCAACCGCAGCAAAACAAAACUGCAAAGUUGGGCUGCCACAGAGUGGCAAGCGGAAAAAGGAGAGCCAGGACGACCAGGACUGCCAGGACAGCCGGCGGAAACAGAGGCUGAAAGUUCCCAAAUUCAGCACACAGACCUCCGUCCUUUGAAGCCGGAACAGUGAGCAGUUACCAGUUACCAGUCGGAAUUUGAUUUUAACGCUUCUCUGUGAGUUUGGGAUCUGUGCCUCUGUUUGUGGCAGAAACAACCGUCGCCAGAAUUCAAAUCUGCAACAGGGGGAGGUCUGCCUCCUGAAAGAGUCAACUUGAAGGCGACGCAUCAAUGGCCACACAUUGAGAUUGGCAGUGGCACAGGAUAACUGGCAACAGGACGAAGUGGAGCUGUGGAAAUGUUCGCCACUUGCGGCGACACAUGCUCUGACAAUUUAUUAACCCCGCACAGCACCCACUAGGCCAUCCUCAAACCGCCACCCGCCAUGGGUCACUCUGUACCCCCGGCACCGCCGUCACUGCCUCUGUGGCUCCUCUUCCUGGCCAUGUCUACUUGGCGGACGCCCUCCGUCAGCGGCUAUCUGAACAUUUUCAUCAGCCACCACGAGGUGAUGAAACUGAUGGGACUCGAGGCGGACCUCUUCUACGUGCACGAGGGAGCCAUCAACACAUACGCGAUGCACUUCACCGUCCCCGUGCCCGCGGACAUCCACGAGCUGGAGUUCUCCUGGCAGAGUCUCAUCGCCUACCCGCUGCCCUACUCCAUCAGCAUCGAGUACAACACCGACCAGGAGGCCCUGGGCACGCCCACUCUGAGCAUCCCGCACAAGGGCCUGGUGCCGCAGGAGAUCGAGUCCUUCCUGGUGUACCUGCCCUGCACGGGCAACGCCACCCUCCAGCUGCCCGUCAACGUCAACAUGGUGGUGCGGGGACCCCCGCGCUUCAACGACACCCGGCUCCACUUCAAGCGCAACAAGAUCUGUGCGAAAGGCAUCUCACCUGAGCCCAAUCAGUCGCCCGCCCCCGCUCACGCCCCCUCCCAGGGCCCCGCCCUCCUGAGUGCCGCCGCCUGUGCCCUGGGACUGGUGUUGGCCGUCGGCCUGGUGGCCAGCAUGAUGUACGUGAAGGCGCGCAAGCAGCUCCGCCAGGACUCGCUCCACACCAGCUUCACCACCGCGGCCUACGGCAGCCACCAGAACGUGUUCAUCCGCCUGGAUCCGCUGGGCAGGCCGCCGAGCGCCACAGGAUCCUAUGCCACCAUCGCCAGCCUCAACAAAUACCCGUCGGAGAGCAAGAAGUCCUGCAGCAUAUUCGACCGUUUCAGGAGCUCGCCCACGCCCACACCCUAUGCCACCGCCCUGCUGCCCAUGAACCACGACCAGGCCGCCGAGACGAUUUACUCGAAACCAGAGUCGAUCUGCCCCUCGAGGAUAUCCUACUACGCGUCCUCGCAACUGACCCAGGUAACUAUCCCGUCGAAUACCCACUAUCCCCAGUCCCAGGGGGGCGUUCCAGAUGGCAGAGGAUUCCGGGGGAUGAGAUUGGGAUCCACAUUUGAAUCAAAGCCUUUGAUAUAUUGGGACACGUGGCAGGCGCAAAUGGAAAUGGAGAUUGGAUUGGCCCAAAGGACCUUCCCUCCUGCCAAAGGCUGCCAGCCGCCUUUCCUCGACGAUAAAAAUUAA